UAUUUUCCACCGUGUGCUUCUUUAUCCGGAUGAAGCAUCAUGGAACCGGAAUUUGCGUCGAUGGCUUCGAACCGGAAGCAGGUCCUUGAGGAAGAUGCGUACGUUGAGGCGCUGGACGCGAUCAUCGAGCGGGACUUCUUCCCGGAUCUGCCCAAGCUCAAGUACCAGACCAUGUGGCUCGAUGCGCUCGCCACGAAGAACGCGGCCCUGAUAGCUCAAGUCCGCCAGUACAUUGCCAACGACCAGCAAAAGCGCCCGCAGACGAGAACGAGCUCAAGGUCACAGCAAGCCCACACAGGCGGCGGCAAGCGCAAGCGGGCCGACGACGAGGCCACAUCGUCAUGGGAUGUUCCCACACCGCCACGCGUCUCGAGCGAUGUUGAUGAGCCGAACGAAGACGACGCCACCAUCGACGACGCCGGCGAAGCACCAAGCACAGCAACAAUGACCCUGAACCACUUCUUGGCAACACACACGUCCGAGGACAAUGCAGCGUUCGAGGAGCUGCAAGAAAAGGCCGUCGCCGAGCACAAGAAGAAGUACCACUGGGCGUUCGACGACGACCACGCGACUACGCGCUUGCUCCUGCUCCCCGACGGCACAAGAAUGACCAAGGAGCAACGGCUCCUCAUGGACAAAGCGUGCGACACAAAGCUCGCCUUGGAAGACGCGCGACCUGCUGCACCUGACACGUGGACCUUCCGCGCCCGUAACCAGCUCCUCUUCCCGCCCGACCUCGCGACGUCGCGGGCCAUCUGCAAGCUGGAAGCAACGGCGCCGGGCGACGUGCUUUUGCUCGAAAACGGCCCAGCGCCGCAAAAUGGCGCGCUGACCAAAUCGCUUCGGACCGGCGCGGUGGCCAAGAAGCCAAUGGAGACGGUGUACGCCAACUCGCGCUUCUCGACUGCGUUUCUAGCGACCCAAGACUUGGCGCCCGACGUUGCGCCGGAUGCGCCGCUGGACUUGGUGGAGAUGACGCCGCUCAUUGUGCCUGGCGACCAGAACGGGUCGCCGCUCAUGACGUGGGGCGACAUUGCAGCAACACCGAUGAUCCUUCCGAGCGAGACGCCUGCCCAUCGCCCUGUCUUUGAGAUCAAGGACAAAUCCAAGCGGGAAAAGCUGGCGCUCGCCAUGGACGCCAAGAACAAACAGCGCAUGAAGGCCAAGAAGACGCCGACGCCGUUCCGAUCGACGCCAGGCCGAGGCAAGGCGACACCGACGCCGCUUGGCAGCGUCUUCCGCGCCGGCGCUUUCUCAGAGCUCCGUGCGAGCUACGCCACGCCACUUCGUUCGUCGGGCAAGAGCAAACCACCUAAAAAGUGAACACUCAUCUCUGCUUUCUUCAACA